GCCUCUCUCAAAAACAUUUCUACCAUCUCAUGUGUACCUCGUGUCUCUUUAUUCUCUGUCCCGCUUCCCCAUUUAAGUUGUUAUCGUCCUCUUUCUUUCAAACCCAAAAACACACAAUUUAACUAUUCGAAUUCCAUUCUCAUACUUUCUCUCUUCCCCGCAACAACAAAAUAAUGUCGCGUGCUACAGUUGAACUUGAUUUCUUUGGCAUGGAGAGGAAAGAAAUGGCUUCCUCUAAAUCUCAGUUCCAGAAAUUUCUUCAUCGUCAACGAAGCUUUCGUGACCUUCAGGGCGCCAUUUCUAAGAUUAAUCCUGAAAUACUCAAAUCUGUUAUUGCCUCCGGUUCCGUGAAUACUGUUGAUUCAAAGAAGUUACCGGUUUCUAUGCCGACGACUCCCAAAGAAGAGCCAGCUUCUUUUCCUGCUUUGCCUCUUUUUAAACAUAUCUCCGUUUCCAGGUCUGCUACAGAGAACCUUCCGGAAACUGCUCCUCUGACUAUUUUCUACAAUGGAACGGUCACCGUUUACGAUGUUCCUCGAGACAAGGCUGAAUGCAUUCUGAAACUUGCUGUUGAUGGAAACUCCAAAACUGAAGAAUCAAAAAACUCAAAAACUGCUACCGACCAACAACAGCUGCUAGAGACUCUUAAUACCGGAGAUCUCCCAAUUGCUCGCAAAAAGUCAUUGCAGAGAUUUCUCGAGAAACGCAGAGAGAGGAAUGACAUGGACUCUGAUCCGAAUCAACGUAGCGGUUGACUUCGGUGUCGCCUUAUGGCUGUUAAACCUAAUACGCGGUUUGGGACCGCCUAAAAAUAGCAUCGUGGGACCUGGACUGGAACAGCACAGAGGAAGAAAUAUAACUUUGUAAUGUUGUUUGAUGAGGAGGUGAGGCAAAAAUAGUUGUAUUAGCCUGCCUCUUUUGACUCGGUAGAUACAAAUAUAAUACUAGUAGUGCAAUAGAAGCUUUAUUAUUAUAAGUAGGGACGGCGUGUUGUGGUUUCAACCCACGUUUAUAGUAUUAAUGUUGUUUCGAAAUUUGGCUUUAAAUAUGUCUCCUUCCUUGCACUUUCCUAAGGGGUCUUAAUGUGGACUUAGACCAUUCGUUUAAUUUACGGAGGUUUGUCUUUUCUUUUUUUAUUUGUUUAUUUAUGUAAGUUUGAAGUCACAUGUAUACGACUGACCUCUUUUUUGAAUCAUAUAUAAUAUUGUUGUUAUUUGGGUUA